ACUGUGAAAAAUUGAAAAUUGAAAAAACAGUUAAAAGAACGUAACGAAAGUGCGCAUGAACGUCACACGUAACCACUGAAAGCAAUAUGGCAGCAUUGUGGCCUUUAAUAAUUUGACAGCUUUAAUGGUGUAUUCUGUAAACACAAGCUAAUUUGUAGAAAACAAAAGUAUGAGCACAACUAACCCCUGGAACAGUGGUGCAGAAGGGGCCAAAGGAAAUGUCAAACUUUUUAAUCCAGCAGAAUUUCAGCAGAAUGGACCAUCACCACAGACUGAAGGAAAUGUGACAGACCAUAAUAACCAAUCCAGUUGGAGCCAGGGAUGGGGAAAUGACAAUCAAUAUGGACAAUAUAAUGGUCAGCAGUCAGAUCAAGGCCAAGGUCAACAAGGUCAAGUAGACUAUCAAGGUCAAGAUCAGAAUUCUCAACAAUUUUAUAAUUUAAAUCCAGGUAUCCAACAGCAACCAUCUUUUAAUCAAGAUUUGUCAUAUGACUCCCAAGGACAACCUUUUCAACCAUAUGACCCAAAUCAAGCACAGUCUUUCCAACCGUAUGACCCAAAUCAAGCACAACAGUAUGACCAAAAUCAAGCACCGGCUGUUCAACAAUUUGACCAGCAAGGACAGCCCAUUCAACAGCAGUUGAAUGCUGAAGCUCAGGCAUUUCAACCAUAUGGAUCUCAGGCAUAUCAAAAUUAUGAUGGACAGGAUCAGUAUAAUAACCAGAAUUAUGAAUGGAAUCAGUAUAACUAUGGAUAUCAACAAGACUGGAAUAAUACUGAAGCUGACCAGCAGCCUGCUGGGACAGACAUUGUAGAAUCAGGCCAAAAUUCUGACUUAAAUGUUCAAAGUGAUAACCAGUCUCAAAUGGCUAAUAAUGAAAACUAUACAAACACUGACUCAACACAGUUUGACAACUCAAAUGCAUCUAAUGCAGAUAAAGUAAAUAAUGAGUUAAGUACAUCAGGGGGAGAGAACCAACAUAUAGCUAGUAGUGAUGCUAGAUUGUCCAAAGAAUUGGACAACCAGUUACCGCAGGCUGAUAUUAGUAGUGAAAGUUUAGUUACUUUAAAUAGUUCUAGCACACAACUUGUUGAAGAAAAUGUUCAAUCAAUUGAAAAUCAAAUGGAAAAUAUGUCUGUUCAGGAAAAAUCAAAUGAAAGUGAUAGAAAAGUGGAGGAUAUAAAUCAUUCAGCAAUAGAGGGUCAAGGUUCCUCUGUUGAUGGUAAUCCUAAGGUGACAACCGAGUCAAAAGAUUCUCCUGUUAAUUCACAGACUUCUGACGAUUGGGAACUGGUGCCUUCUGAUCACAAUUUACUAGCCCCCAGUAAUCACAGCCGUCAAGGUUCUACAGAUAGUAGUGCAAAUGUACAGUUUUUUAUAGGCUCCACUAAUAUAUCACCAUCAGAGACACCAAAUACUGCAGAAACAGGUCAUACUGAGAAGAAACCAGCAGAGGGUUCACCUCCACAUAACCUAAUACCAAAACAUUCCUCAUCUCCCAUGCCUCCAAGAAAUGAUAUUGCUGAAAGUGCUGGUCCCCCAUCAGUCUCAAUUAACCAGCCACCUCCAGCAGGACUAGGGCCAUCUAGUGGGAACCCUUUUAGAAGGGGAAAGGGUUCUGAUAACAGGACUAGCCGUAGUCCUAAUUUAAUGAAGAAUAAUGAACAUGUAAGUCAACCUGUGACUAUUUCACAAAAUGAUGGACUAAAAUUAGAUAUAAAAGCUGCCGAUUCAGGAUUUCCUAGUCCUAUACAACCUGUGACAGAAGAUUCUCAGGAUCCUCCUACUCAAAGUCCUAUUAUGCCUAGGAAGGAGAGCCCAUUUCAACCACCUAGACGUAGAAAUCUGUCACAGUCCAGUAAUUCAUUUGAUGAUGAGCAUAUAUCUGAUCCUCGACAUGUUAGUGGCAGUGCAUCAGACCACUAUCAGAGUAGCAUGGAUAGAAAAUCAGGGGAUAGAAAAACUGGACCAAUGAAAGCAGAUAGAACUAUAGGAGGCUCUAUUUUACCUCCUCAAUCAGCAGGUAGACAAAAGGAUUCUUCCAUUGAUUAUAGUAAAUUUUCAAAUCGUGGGAUUGAUGAAAAAAGACCUCGUUCACCAUUGAGUUCAAGUUCAAGUAGAAGUAUAAGUGAUAGGUUGACUCCUACCAAACCACCUACAGGACGAACAACACCUACAAAAUCAUCAAAUGGUAGGACCACACCUGGUCGUAAUACACCAAGUCGAAGAAUGGAACAUGCAGCAUAUCAAAGAGCUAUUGAGCGUAGAAAGAAGGAAAAUAUCUCACCUGCAACCUCACUGUGGGCGAAUAAUGAUAUUGUUCCUAAAAGUAACAUUUUACUUGCCCCUGCUGCUCCAAUGCAGCCUACAAGUACUACUCCUGUUUUUGGUAUAGUGGCUCCUAAAGGUAGUGGUGGAACCAGAGAGGUCUUGUCCCCUGUUCAAAAUCUUAUCACAAGUAUGAGUGAUCACCUGUCUAGAGAGAAUUCACCUGAGAAAGAUACAAGAAAAUUGAAAACAAAUGAAAGAGACAGGCGAGAGAGUACACAGAGGGACAGACAUGAAAGGAAUUCAUCCAUUGACAGAGAAAUUGAAAUGACAAAAAGAAUGGAGGAUAGGGAAAGGGUACUUGAAAACAGUAGAGAAAGAUCUUAUAAAGAUGAUAGAAAUUACAGGGGCACAGGUCAAGAUGACCGAUACAAGGAUGAACGUUAUCGUGAAACCCGAGAUUAUCGGGACAGAGACAGGGAAAGAGAGUAUGAACGAGAAAAACAAAUUGAAGCUCAUUAUCAACGUAAUAACAAGGCAAAAGAUCCUUACUACAGUGAUGAUAGAUAUGAGAGGUCCAGAUCAAGGCAGUCAACCAUUGAUGACAGACCACAGGAUCAGAGCUCUGACAAAUCUAGAUAUGAUAGGGAUGCUUACUACCAACGUGACAAAUAUGGUCGAGGUUACUAUGACUACUAUGGUACCAACAAACAGUAUGGUUACUAUGAUCAAAGAUAUACAGAUUACUAUGGUGAUGCUCGCUAUAGCAAAGCUUACUAUGAUGAGUAUUAUAAUGGACAGUAUCCUGAAAAUUAUGACAGAAUGUCACAUUAUGAUUACACAUGGCAACAAGCUGGGUAUUAUGACCAAUAUGGUCGACAUGAUGAUACAUACAGUCAGAGAAGUGGCAGUCGGGUUCAUACGCCAUUAUCAGAUUCAGGCGAGCAACCGGCUGGGUAUCCUGCUUCUAGAUCAUCGAGUAGACAAGGCUACGAGGAUUAUCAUAAUAGACAAUAUGAUCAAUAUUACUAUGGUUACCAAGAUUACUAUAACAACAGUUACGCUGAACCUGAACCUCCAGGUAGGAUGACACCAGAGAAGUACACCCUCCCCCACAUGUGUGCCAGGUUUGGUCCCGGUGGACACUUGAUAAAAGUGAUGCCAAACAGACCCAAGGAAGGACAGACCGCUACAGUAGAAAUACAUGACAUCAGUAUGAUGUUAGAGGAUAGACCAGAAGUCGAAGAACUUAAAUGUUUCCCAGGGCCUCUUGUUAGAGGUGACACCCAUAAAAAUGAUGUGUUAUCAUUCUGUCAACAGAAAGCUAAAGCUUGUUCAGAGAAUAUUAACAUGACAGACAGAGAUUCUGCAGAACUUAUAUGGAAGCUGUUAGAAGUAUUAAUUAAACAAAAUGGAAUGAUUAUAGGAACAGAUAUAGCAGAUUUGUUGUUAGCAGGUCAUGAACCCACCACAGUAGAAUAUAGUAUAAUGGGAAUGAAAAUAUCUAGCAGUAUGGACAAUUUAGAUGAUUUAGACGAGACAAAUGAUAUAUCAACGGUAACCAUGGAUAGAUCUGUUGUCAACAAGCAAAGGUCAAGAGAAGAGGUCACAGAUAGAUUUAGACAUUUAUUGUUGUAUGGAAGGAAAAAGGAUGCAUUAGAGUGGGCAAUGAAGAACAACCUCUGGGGCCACGCCUUAUUCUUAGCUAGUAAAAUGGACACCAAAGCACAUGCUAAUGUGAUGACAAGGUUUGCCAAUAGUGCUAUGAAGAUGAAUGACCCCUUACAGACUUUGUUUCAACUCAUGUCAGGAAGACAACCAGCUGCAGUCUCUUGUAUAACUGAUGAGAAAUGGGGAGAUUGGAGACCACAUUUAGCUAUGAUGUUGUCUAACCAGACACACAAAGCAGACUUAGACAGAAAAUGUAUAAUGACAAUGGGGGAUACAUUAGCCUCCAGAGGAUUUUUACAUGCUAGUCACUUCUGUUACUUGAUGGCACAAGCAGGGUUUGGUUCCUAUCAUAAAAAGACUUCUAAAAUGGUGCUGAUAGGAUCUAACCAUAGCUUGUCAUUGUCAGAGUUUGCUACGAGUGAAGCUAUACAGUGUUCAGAAGUGUAUGAAUAUGCCAUGUCUCUUGGUAAUAGUUCAUUCUUCUCACCUAAUUUACAGUACUUCAAAUAUCUAUAUGCAUGCAGAAUGGCAGAAAGUGGAUUUGCUCAGCAGGCAUUGGAAUAUUGUGAAGUUAUAGCCAAAUUUAUUAAUAUUUCACCUACAGUCUUUCAACCAACACUUGUCAAAUUAGUUUAUGAGCUUGCCAGUCGAUUAAAGAAAUUUGAUCCGGAGCAGCAACAAGUUGGAGAGGAUGCUGAGGAUCCAAUUUGGUUACAGCAUUUAUUCAGAAUUAAUCAGGGAUAUGAGGAUGGUUCCAUACAGCCAUUAUCUGGAAGUGUUACACCAUACUUUGGUUUUGUUGGUACCAGAUCGAGUAGUGCCAGUGGAGAGGUAGCAGGACUGACUGAAAUGAAUAUGAUGCAAUCAGGACAUUAUACAGGAAGUAGUCCUUACCCUCAAGGUCAAGGUCAGCAGAUGUACAACCAAGGGUAUAGUGUUGAUCAGACUCAAAAUCAAAUGUAUGCUAGUGAUCAGACACAGUACCAAGGAAAUGUGACUAAUCAGACUCAGAAUCAGGGUACCCCUGAUCCCAUGCAAAAUCAAAGUCAGCAAGGAGAGCAUGUAGAAAAUCAGGUUUAUAGUGGAGACCAGUCACAGGGUUACCAGACUGAACAACAACAGCAGACAGUUGAUCAAGGUCAAACUUAUCAAAGUCAAGGUUAUACAAAUCAAGGACAGGUGUACCAGAAUCAGCAGGUGAAUUAUCAGCAGAAUCAACAAUACACUGCCCAGGAAGGACAAACAGGUUAUCAGUAUCAACCUCAUGACCUUGCAUCAGUUCCAGAGACAUCCAAUCAGAAUCAAGAAUAUAACACAGAAAACCAGACAGGGGAGACAACCACAUAUCAACAACAACCACAGCAGCAGCAGCAACAUUACUCCCAGCCUAAUGAUUUCAGUAUGUACCACAAUGCAGGUCUCCAGUCAGAGGCAGGACACAGAAACAGUAUGUCCUCUGUUGGUACUGUUAGUAGUCAUGCUGAUACAGAUGAUGAAGAAGGACUUGGUCACUCACAAAAAAAUGACUUUGAUUACUUUGGAGCAGCUACUAAUACGCAGAAAAUUGUUCCCCCACGAUUAAGGAAGAGAACUGAAUCUGAGAGUAGCCAGGUUAAUAACAGUACGUCAAAGUCUUCAUCAGAACCAAGUACUAAGACAGACUCAAAAUCAGAUCUUACUGGGAAGAAAAAUCAAGGACAGAGUAAAGGUUGGUUUGGUGGAGUCUUCAGUAAACUGUUGCCAAAAUCUAAAAAUGAAAUGAAAUUACCUGAUGACAGUGAACCAGCAAUUGUGUGGGAUCCUGUCAAAAAGAAAUGGAUGAAUCAAGAUGGUGAAGAAGAAGAUGAAAAACCACCUCCUCCCCCUCCAAAAGACAUGGACUUGUCCUCCUCAGCAGCGCCAAUGCCAUCAUCUUCAGCAUCCACCCCUGCCAUGGGGCCCCCAGCAGGGAAUAGAUAUGGCAGACAAAGAGGCAGAGGUGCGAGAACUCAGUAUGUAGAUGUGAUGAACCCUAAAUCUUCAUCAGGAGGAACAGCAUCAGUACCAUCCAAUAUAUUUAAUGUCAUGCCUACAUCAGCAUCUUCACCUGCAAUAUUUAGCCCAAGUCAUGGUAAAGACACCACAGUUUCUAGUCAACCAGAAGUAAAUCUUGCUCAACCUAAUGACCCCCCUAGUAUGCCUAGUGACCAAAGAAUUCAUUCAGGAGAGACUGAAUCAACAGAGAUGCCUCCUCCAUCUUCAGGACCACCUUCCAUGCCUAUGUUAUUCAAUCCAUCACAAAUGUCUUCAUCCUCAGCAACAAAACCUGGUUUAAAACGAUAUAAUCAACAAAGAGUGUACCCAAAGUCAUGAUCAACUUCAAUCUAGUCUUUUUAAGUGCUAUGUCAUAUUAUUGAUGAGAAGUGCUCAGUUGACCUUGAUCUGCCGUUUCAAGGACUAGUCUGUCAACAUUGAAUUAUUAACAUCAUUCAUUCAAAUCGUUACUGGAACAUAUUAUAUAUGUUUGUUGUUAAUGAUAUAAGUGGCAGAGUAUAAAUGCAUUGAUCUUUGGAAUAAGAUACUUCUGUAAGAGUGUGUAAUAUGACUGACUGCAAGUAUAUAAAGGCACUAGUUUAAAGUACAAACAAUGUUUUGUGUCACUACAUAUAAUUUGUCAUUCAUUGAUGGUAUUGAGGGAAACCAUUUAUAAAUAAAAUCCAUCUACAUAUUUCAUUUUAAACAGUUGAUAUAUAUUUUGAAUGAUCAUUGGGAAUUAUGGAACUGUAGUUGUAGAUUUGUAGAACAUUUGUGUUUUGUCUUGGUAGUCCAUAAACAACAUAAAGCCAUACACUAGAUCAUUGCAUCAGACAAAUGUUCAAGUUACUGUGACCUACUUUAUUAACAUGAGCAGUGUGACCUACUUUAUUAACAUGAGCACUGUGUAUGUAAUUUACAUCUGAUAUCAUUACAUGCAGUGAAUAUUUUAUAAUCUGAUUAAAUCCUAAGAAAAUAUUCUAACCAAAGGGUUUUUGUUUUGAGAAUAUUAUUAGAAUAUGCAUAUCAAUGGCUUAAUAUUCUACAAAAAUCAAUACACUAACCAAAACUAAGUUUAAACAUCUAUUUAGUGCCAUAUCAUUAUUUCAUUUAAGAAUUGAUGGAGGUACAUUUGACCUUGAUUUGUCCUUGUGCAGUAUAAACCUAUAACAUUCCUGUGUAUGUUGUGUGAAGUUCUUGUGUGAUGUCCUUCACUAGUUAUUCUAUAUUUCACAUCUCUGUUGAUAUUAUGUAUAUUCUUUGAAAUAUACAUAUUCUUGGAAAUAUUUGUGCAAUUGUUUACAAAUCAAAUAUUUUAUUUCACUAUGAUCAGAUAGUGGCUAAUCUGCUACAUUAAUAUUAUUUCAUAUAAAUUAUUUAAACCUGUUUGUGAUUCAAAAAGAAGUUCCAAUAAUAUAUAUUAGAGUUAUUGUGCUUUCUAAGCUAAAUAUACAUCUUUCAUUUCAAUUUAUAAAUUCUCAAAUAGAUUUUGAGUUCUCACCUUUCACUAUGAUAAACUGUUAUGUGGUGAAUAAAGGGAAGAGUUCUCACCUUUCACUAUGAUAAACUGUUAUUUGGUGAAUAAAGGGAAGAAAUAGAAUAUCUUCUUAAGAAAUUACGACAGAACAGUUUAAAGAUUUGUAGUGAAUUGUAUAUUUGGAACCAGAAAAUGCAAGAUGAGACUCAGUUGAAAGGGUCUCUUCUUCCGACAGCUUUAUUAUUAAUCAUUUUGAAUCAAAACUGCAUGAAAAUUAGAUAUUUAAUGAGAAAAAGUAAACAGUUAGCAGUUCAUUGUUAACCUUAAAAUCAUUGAUGGACACUAGAAAAAUAGGAAGAUAUAAUACUUUGGCAAGAAGUUUGGUUCUUUUGCAAUUUUUUAAUUGAUUUUUUUUUAUUAGUUGAAAGGAAAAUUCUAACUCCUUCUUGGAAACACAAAUUAGUAUGUGCCAGAAGUUUCAUUACAAACUACUGACAAAAUCUUUGUUGUAUCUGUGUAUAUAUCUAUGUUAUUCUAUAGUACAUUGUAAAUGCCUUUCAAAGAAUAAUAUAUUAUUUCUACUGUCUUUUGUACUGUUAUUUUAUGAAUUUGUUAUGUAAGUCUUUCAAAUGUAUAGAAUUUAAGAUGCCAAAUAUUUUUUCCUAGAUAUUAAAGAUAGAUUUCCUCUUUUACUUGUGCAUGUACUUUAAAUGUAUAUUUGUUGUAAUUUCUGUAAAUCAGUGGUUUACAAAAUUUUAUUUUUAAUGUGGAAACUUUUUCUUUUUCUCUUUUUUUUUUAUAUUUCAGCAUUUGACAUUUGUUAAAGAAUUAAUAUAUUCAAUUAUCAGUGUAAAAGUUUGAUAUACUUUCAAGAUUUUAAAAUACAGACUCACUAGAGGCAAAUAUAUUCAUCUAUCUGCUGCUCUUUUCACCAAAAAACAAAAAAAAACAUGAUUUAAAUUGGUCAUACUGAAAUAAUCAUGUAUUGGAGUAUUUUUCUUGUAAGGUUUUUAGGGUUUCUAAAAAAAGGGAGGAACUAUGAGGGGGGAUAUGACCUUUAUCUGGACUCUGGGAUCUGUUGUUUUUAGGCACGGGAUUUUGGAAUUGAUCCUUACGGGAUCCGGGAAUUCUUGUUUUCAAAUUUCAGGACGUCUGGAUUUACUGUAUUUAAAUUCAGGACCUCGGGAUUUCGUGUUUUUAAGCCCGGGAUUUCGGGAUCAGGACCCCUCCUUUCCCUGCUCAACUAUGUUAUACAUUGAGUUAACUGUGUGUUCAUCCUUAAUUUAUAUAAUUCUAGCUUGUGUUCAGUUAUAAAUAUUCAUUAAGUGCAUAGUUUGAACAUGUGAUAAUCGUAAUUGUGAUUUUGGCGACUUAUUACAUAGAAUGUUUAUACAUAAUAGAAAAUAUUAUGACAUUUCAGAUUAGUGUAUAUACUCAUAUUUUUGCUGUAAAUGUUCAGUUUGCGAUGAUUGUAAGUGCUUAAUUUAUUAUUUUAUUUGUGUCAUUAAAAUUGUGUACAUUUAUUUUAUUAUACAUAUGCUGUUGUUAUUUAGAAGAUUCAAAGUAUUAUUGCAAAGAUUGUUUCAGUGGGUAUUAUAUACAAAUUAUAAUUGUUGUAUCCAUGAUUUGGAAAAAUGACAGUUUUAGAGAAUUAUUUAAAUUAGUAUUUAUUUGGAACCAAAAACAAUUG